AUGAAUAAUAGAGGAAAUACAACCACCAGCACAGGAGUUGCAAUUGCUAAACCAACAGCAACAGCAGUUUCCAAUAAUAUACCUGGUAUUCUACCUAACAUGCAUUUGGCACCACCUCCGGGCGUAGCAGCUCCUCUUCCAUCUUCAACACCUCCACCGAAUGGAACUCAAGCGAACUCACAAUCAAUUCAUGCCUUGGAGGAUCCUAAUGUUUAUCACUGGAUUUGUCAACUUACUUAUGGUCCUCAGAAGGAACAAGCAUUGUUGGAACUGGGACGUAAACGGGAACAAUUCGAUGAUUUAGCUAUUGUUCUAUGGUCUUCCUUCGGUGUAAUGACCUCUUUAUUGAAUGAAAUUGUAUCUGUAUAUCCAAUGUUGGAACCUACCAAAUUAUCAAAUCAAUUAUCAAAUCGUGUUUGUAACGCAUUAGUAUUAUUACAAUGUGUUGCAUCCCAUCCAGAGACAAAACAUCUUUUCUUACAGGCUCAUAUUCCAUUGUUUUUAUUCCCCUUUCUGAAUACCACGUCCAGACAAAGAACGUUUGAAUAUUUGAGAUUAACAUCUCUGGGUGUAGUAGGCGCAUUAGUGAAAAAUGACUCUCAGGAUGUUAUCAGUUUCUUAUUAAGAACAGAUAUCGUUCCAUUGUGUCUAAGGAUUAUGGAAUCUUCCUCAGAAUUAUCAAAGACUGUUGCGAUUUUCAUCCUACAAAAGAUUUUAUUAGAUGAUAUAGGUUUACAAUAUAUUUGUGCCACGGUCGAAAGAUUCUACGCUGUUACAAACGUAUUAAAGGAAAUGGUAGAACAUUUAGUAGUGUCGGCACCACCAGGAAGACUUUUAAAACAUAUUAUUAGAUGUUAUCUCAGACUUAGUGAUGACCUGGAGGCACGUAGAUUAUUAAAAAUGGUCUUACCGGCUAAAUUAAGAGAUAACACAUUUACCGAAGUCCUUAGGGAUGACCUGGGUUCCAAGAGAUGUUUGGCUCAACUAUUGCUUACUUUAAAUGAAGAUACUCAACAGCAACCUCAACAGCAGCAGCAGCAGCAGCAGCAACCUGUAUUACAACAACAAUAA